GCUCGGACUCCUCCCUCUCCGGCCUGUGACUCCAGUCCGCCCUGUGAAAGCGGCCGUGUCUGUUUGGUUUGGAUUCUCAUCCAUCUGUUUAAGUGGAACACACUGGAAUGAUUUGUUGGUGGAACCCAACGAUUGUCAUAAUUUGCCUUUGUAGUGGGUAGAAGCCGACUAAAACGUCUGGUUUCUUAGGAGACUUAUCUUCAAGGAGGAUCCUUUUUAAAGAAAAUAAGCAUAAGUGAGGAGAGAAUUCUGCUGGAGGGAAUGGCUGCCUCUUCAUCCUCUUCUUCAGCUGGUGGGGUCAGUGGAAGUUCUAUCACAGGAUCUGGUUUCAGUGUCUCGGACCUUGCCCCACCACGGAAAGCGCUUUUCACCUACCCCAAAGGAGCUGGAGAGAUGUUAGAAGAUGGCUCUGAGAGGUUCCUCUGUGAAUCCGUUUUCAGUUAUCAAGUGGCAUCCACACUUAAGCAGGUGAAACACGAUCAGCAAGUUGCUCGAAUGGAAAAACUAGCUGGUUUGGUAGAAGAGCUGGAGGCCGACGAGUGGCGGUUUAAACCCAUUGAGCAGCUGCUGGGGUUCACACCCUCUUCAGGUUGAUGUCCCCUGCAUGGUCACCUCUGGGGCACAGCCACCCAGAGAGUCACAGCUGUACUGUGAGCUGCAAUGUAUGAAUUCACAUCCAUAGUUGAUUACUCUGUUUCUAUCCAUAGACGACAAAUACUCAAGUGUGUAUGA